UAAAAGGAUAUUAAAAUCAAACUCUCAUUGUCAGUCGAAAUAUAACUAAAAUAAAGUAACUUUUCAAUAUGAGUUGCCUGACCUGAACUUUAGAGGAUUUGUGAAAACGGCUGUGAACUUGUCUGAAUUAUCAGAGGCCUUGCAUAAUCUCGUCAAAUAUUCCCGCUUGCUGUUUCACAACUCUUGCUCUCAUCAAACAACGUUUAUAACUUGUUUGAGAUCAUCAACAUCUUAAGUGUUUGGUGACGUCACGAUGAUUUCGUUUUGAUUUACCAGUCGGUCUCUUUUAUAUUACUGAUGACAAAAAUAUGUUAAAUUCUGCAUCAUCAAUGGUAUUAUUGUUAAAGUUAUGUAAAAAUAUUUAAAUUUAUUUCUACCUCUUUAAAACUCAAAUUAUAUUCACAGGCUGCUGGUGUCUACGUUUUACCUGCGCAAUAUUAAAACCAUGAAAUUUGUCGAAUCUGUUUUAGUUAUUUAAAUUGCGAGUGGUAACCAAACCAAGCCAAAGGAGCAAUAGCCACAUAUAUAGUUAAUGUAGGCCACGCCAUAUAAUGUACGUAUUUUUGUGAUUGAUUAGACGCCUCGUCUGCAUGUAUGCAAAAUUCCCAUGGAAAAUCGGGAGCGGAAGUUGAGGAGCUAUAAAUGAUCGGUUAUUGGACCCCCUUUGCAUCCAAUCCGUCUAAACCAUUCAGAGUGUCAUGAGAAUCUUGGUCCGUCCGCUACAAACCCACGAUCCCAGCAUAGUUCUAAUCUCCAUAAUAUAUUUUGCACCACAGGUAUGCACUUUGGCCGCUCUGGCCGUCGCUCUGACCGCUGAGAAGCAGCCUGAAAAGCGUGGAAUGGACUUUGGCAGCGCUGCCAAGUUCGGGCCUGGUAGCCUAGGAGGCGGAAACGGUGGCGGCAAACCGGCCGGUGGAGCCAUCGGCGGAGACGGCGGUGAAGGCCUCGAGGACGGAUCUGGCCACACUAAGAUCCCUAAGCCGCACCCCGUGCACGUUGCCGUCAACAAGGUCAAGUUGCCCGUAAAGGUGCCCGUCUCCGUCGAGAAGCCACCCUAUCCGGUAACCACACCCGUCAAGGUCGCUCACCCCGUGCCCAAGCCCAUUGAGGGCCCCAUGAAUGUCUCCGUUGUUGCGCCCCGCCAUUACCCCGUCAAGACUGUGCACGUGCCCAAGCCGGCGCCCGUUGACCGACCCAAUGCGGUGCCCGUUGACCGACCCUACCCCGUCUCCAUCCCCAGGCCCGUGCCAGUUCACGCGCCUCAGUCCGUGGCCGUUCCUCACCCCCAACCCGUGCCGGUGGUGAAGAAGCCUCAAUCCAACUUUAACUUAACAUCCAUGGAAAUUUUAGUGUUUUAA